AUGACGAACGAGGGUGUCACUUUACUGAAGAGUCCUGAGCGCAUCUGUGCCCAUCGGAAUCGGACUCGGAGUUCUGGAAGGACAUCCCGCGGCCCGAAGGCCGAGCUCGCCACAGUGCUGAACUCCUCAAAGCUGCUCCUGCUCUUAGAUGAAGCCGUUGCCAAGCAGAACGUGGGUGUCUUUGUGCUGUUAGUGGCGAAUGGCGCCAAUGUCGCUCAUACUUCACCCAUGUUUGACGGAGAGGCGGUCGAGGACAUAGUACGAAGCCGAGCGUCGUUGAACGAACGUUACUACGCGAUGGCUUUGUUCCUCGAUUUCGUAUACUUCUGCCACCAAGAGCCCGUCGAUGCAGUGUGGAUAGAUGCUUCAGGAACCCUGGGCGGUCACGUUGAGCCCGGUGGAGGAGAAAUCAGGAACGUACUGGCCUUUCUCGCUGAUUGGAAGCGGCCGUGGAAGCUGCCGCUCGAUUUGAAGUCACAACAUCGGCGCAUACAUCUCUUCUCAAACAACGGGGCAAUAAUCUUGGCGCUAUUCUUGCUCCUGGAGAGUGUUGAGGCGAGAGGACCGAGCUUGCAACUCACGACUGCUUUUCUUGGUGCCUUUGCCCCGCCGGGUAUCGUUCCUGGAUAUAGGGAACUUUUCUACCGCAAUCCCAGCUACAGGAAAGAUGCGUCGACCGAACUUGAGACUCUGGUGAGAUCAAAUCAUUCAGAUUCGACGGAAGAGUACAAUUCCAAGACCAUGACUUUUGAGCGUGGUGGCUGGAUGCAAAGAGCCCGUCUUCAUGGCCAUCGCCGUCUCCGUCGAUAUCGAUCCGCACGCACACCACAUCUCCCACGCACGCUCGAUGAGAACUACUACCCCGGUUUGGGCAAAUCCGAUUUCUCCUAUAGGAACACGGACCAAGUUGUGACGAAAGAGCCGUGGAGGAGAGCCCGAGUCAGCACUUCAUCAGCCUUCAAGGACGGGUCGUACUAUGCAGGCGAGUUGAUCCUCGUGGUAUCACAGCUUUGGGUCUGGAAGGUUCACGGAACAGUAAUUUCUGCUUACCCAAUAUCGGAUGGGUCAUUCGGCUACACCUUUGACAGCGACACUAAGCGUUGGAGGCCACACCACGAUCACGAAGAGCCCGCCGAGCUCUGCAUCGCACGUAUGCUAAGAAAGCAUGUCCAAGCGUUCGAGUUGUCCAGGACCAUUCAAGGAUGCAAAACUCGUCCACUACUGGACAUAUUCGAAAGCUACGUCGUGCUCAUCGUGUCGGAAGUUGACAGGUACACCAAAUACACAAGGUCAAGCGAAUUCAAUCUGGAGACGGAGCGUCGACUGCUGCACGACGUAACCGACGUUCAGGAGGAGCUUGUAAUGAUCACAAGCGUUCUGAAUCAGCAAUCAGACGUCCUUCACAGUGUUGCUGAAAGCCUCAACAGACCUGAUGCCAACGAGGAUGCCAAAGACGAGAUCGAGUUGUCGAUCCAGAUGCUGGGCGCUUAUCAGUCGCGCAUCAAAAAGAUCCAGUCUGACGCAGAACGAAUCGAGAAGUCGGUCAAAGACAUGCUGGAGCUCAAGCGAGCGCAUGCUAGCGUCACGGAUGCGCAUCACAGCCUUCUCCUUAGCACGGCUGUUAUGGGGUUCACUGUUGUGACAAUAAUCUUCGCACCCUUGGCUUUUCUGACAGCUCUGUUCGCUCUGAAGCUGGACAGCUUUGGGGCCCUGUACGUGAACGCAGCCGACGGCUCGCGAAUCGAUGGAGUCUACGAUGGCGGCAAGCUCGGUGGGAUCCUAGUGAGUGGUGUCGUGCUGACCUUUAUCAUUCCUGGUCUGGCGGUGCUCGCAGCUUUGUGGAUGCUCGAGAAACAAGCGAGAAUCAUAGAGACCCAGACGGUUCGGCCAGGUCCAAAGAUGCCACCCACAGACACAAAAGUCAGUUUGGAGACUUCGAAGGUGUGA